UUCAAGCGAAAGAGUUCGUUGAUCAUCCGAUAUGUCUCUUUCCGCCUUCAUUGUUGAAGCCGUUGUUAUCAAGACGGCUUGCACCGUUAAUGGGGUGCCCCUCAAAAUGGCUGCGAAGCGGUAUACACCUACUGCUUCCACCAAGAAUGAUGGAAAGGUCCUAAUCUUUUUGCAUGCAACCGGCACGCACAAGGAACAUUGGGAGCCUGUUAUCGCCAACAUAUUCAGUUCCACUCAGAGUGUUAAAGAAUGCUGGGCCUUUGAUUCGCUCAAUCAUGGCGAAUCAGCACUCCUGAACGCUAAGGAGAUUGCCGGCUUCUCUCCAUCGAUUUCGGACUGGGCCCGUGGCAUCGCAGAAUUUGCGGAGAAUCGCCUGCGAGGCGAGCGUAUCAUCGUAGUCGGACAUUCCGCCGGAGCUUCCGCUGCGAUGUUUUCUACGAAGUGUUACUCUUCUGGUGAAUUACCAUAUGAAAGUAUCAUAUUGGUUGAACCGCCCAUGAUCGACAGGCAUGUAUUCCAAGCGAAUAUAAAGGACCGCGAGCGCCAGACUUCGAUGUUAACGAAAGCUAUAGCUGCACAGCGCAACACCUGGAAUAACCGGAAAGCAGCAUUUGAGUACUUCGUGAAGCGCGCGCCAUGGAAGACAUGGGAUAUUCGAACUGUGGUUAUCCACGUUAAUCACGGCCUUCGCCCAUUGGACCCUGAACAUCCGUUGGAUUCCGUUACCACGAAGUGCGACAAACGCCACGAAUCGAGUGGUUUUACCGAUUUCGGGUCGACCUUUGAAGCUGCUGAGCAGAUCGAAAAAGUCUGCGCAACCGUCCCAAUACAUAUCAUCUACGGCAAAAAGGACAGCCUUGUUCCACAGUAUUCUCAAGACAGUCUCUCUGAUUUAUCCAAAGGGCGAAAGCCGGCCUCUAUUUCGAGGAUCUCUUCAGGAGGACACCUAGUCGUCCAAGAAGACCCUGAUGCUGUGUCGGCCCAAAUUCUGAGCAUUCUGAAUCAGCCGCAUCACGAUGGUGUCAUCCCUAGACUUUAGUAGUAGCCAAGUGAGCACUGACGAAACGAUUGGCAUUGCUAACAUCCACAGUUACUUCAAGCCUCGGUCACCCUACUUAUUCUAAGUAAUAGAUAGGCUUCAUUAGUGUUCUACUUAAGUGCCACUACCAUUUCUUACUGUUCAUGUAGCAAAGAAGAGUAAAAUCAGAUUGUUCUCCAAUUUACAAAAACC